AUGCAGCAAACCUGUCUGAAUAGUCUCACGGCUUUACUCUCUUUGGGCACUGAAAAGAGCAUUUUACAUAUCCGAUCAGCAGCUGCAAAAGGAUCCGACCCGUAUAUCCUAAAUAUGGGCCCACGAGACCACUCUCCAUACACAUUGCUUGAUAUCAUGUCCAAUAUUUUACUCUCAUCAAACGUUGCAAGCAUGAAGGCUAAUACCAGAAAGCAACCGUUUUCACAAUGCAUCAACAGUAAAUUCCUCUUCCCAGAUGAAAUCCAUUUACGGCUCGAGCUCAAGAAGUGUUGGAUUGUUUCCAGUGGGACUGAAAGGCAGCUUUUACUUUGGCAAUGGUAG